CCUAACUAUUCCCGACGAGGCGGCAAGGACAUUCAAGUCCCCAACCCCCGUCGCGAAAGAAACAGGGCGACAGACGAGCAAUGGCGUUCGCCUUGGACCUCUACGGCAGCGGCACGCCGGCGCGCGUCCUCUGCCGCGACCCCGCCUCCGGCCGGUGGGAAGACGUCCCCGCCACCGUCCUCGCCCGCCUCCAGCACGCCGUCGCCCGAGGCUCCGGCGUCGCGCGCGCCGCCCUCCCCGGCGGCCGCUGGCACGUCUUCGACUUCGCCCGCAUGCUCCGCUUCGACGAGGCCGACCCGGCCGCGCGCCCCUUCGCGCUCACCUGGAUCGACGAGGGCGGAAACCACUUCUCCCGCCCGGCACCACCAGCGGAGCCGAAAUCGAGCCCAGCGCCCGCUGCGAGGUCGGCGAGGACGAGGCCGUCGCCGUCGUGCUCACCUGGACCAUCGACGGGGCCGUGCUCACGGGCGCACGGAGGUGCGUACCGACGAGCGCGAUGCUCAAGAAGUUCGUGAAGCGGGAGCAGGAGCUGGGGAACGUCAAGCUCGGAUGGUACGGACGGGGCACGCGCGCGGACGUGCGGACGGCGGCGGGGGCAGACUUUUCCCUGAAUGCCAACUGGAUGCUGCUCGGGGAGGAUCGAGCGCAUGGACGCGGACUGCAUCUCGCACCGCUCAGGUUUCCUCAUCUUAGCAUGAGCAUUGCGGAGGCAGAUGACAAAGGCGAGGCACACAAGUUGCUGUGCCGCAUUGUGCAGGGUCAGCCAGCUGUCCUUCGUGCUGGGUCAGAUUGGUCAGGCCUUGGAAGAUCUGUUGGUGGUGUUGAAUACCUCUCCAACCCGAGCUGGUACAUCACCUGGAAUAAGCACAUCAACAGCUGCAUCAUGCCAUUGUGCAUUGUGAGCUUCACCAAACACCCAACGAUCCAGGAUCUAGGACCAAUGCUAUUUCCAUUGAAAUUUGACAUGCAGAAGCUGCGCAAGGAGUUCAAGAGGUUUCUGCCAAUCUCCAAAUUGCAGACUUUGGAUGAUUAUUACAAUAGUAACAUGGGGAACUCAUAUAACUUCUCCAAAGCCGUCUGUGAGCUGUUGGUGCUGCAAUGUUCGUCAGUGCAAUCCUAAAAAGUUUAGAGCACUGAUUCUCUGAAGACGAUGUUGGAUGAUUCCCAUUGUUUCUCUGAUUUUCUCUCAGUGAUGAUAACUGGGCUGUUACUGCUGCUAUAUUUUUGUUAGGAAAGAGAAGAACUUGUUCUCAGAUCCUACUUUGGCAAACUUUGUUGGACAUCUGUAUUUACUGUAGUAUUUUCAACAUACCAGUUUGUUGUGCAACAUGUAGACUUGUACAAA